AUGGCCAGCCACCGACCGCUACAGGUCGGAGUCAUUGGCCCAGCAGGCUUCGGGGGCUCGUAUCUGUGUCUCGAGUUGAUCAACCGUGGACACACGGUGAUUGGGAUCUCACGGAGGCCCGAGACGCUGGGCCAACAUCCCUCCUACGUUCCGCGUCCGGCAGAUGUCAACUCAUUGACCAUCCCGGAGCUCGCCCAACACUUCCAAGGGCUGGAUGCCCUGGUGAAUGAGUACGGGCCGCACUCGGCGGGUCAUGAGGCUUUGCAAUACAUGCCCUACCUCGAGGUGACGCGCAAGAUCGUGCUCGCGGCCCGCCUCGCCAAAGUCGGGUACUUUGUCAUGGUCGGCGGCUGUGGGAGCCUGUACAUGCCAAACAGCGGCCAUCAGUCGGUACUGGAGAACAAGGACUGGUGGAUUGCUUAUCGGCGCGGCAUCGCAGACAGUGAGGCGCACACCGCAUACAUGGAAGAGCGGCUGGGACCCAUGGGGUCGGGGUUGAGGACGUACCGCAACGCACGACGGGCGGAACGAGAGAACCAAAAGCAGCACCAGAACCAGAACCAGGCCACCGCGGAGGAGACUCGGCGCGUCAUCGACGAGUACGAGGAAUACGUGCGCAGAAACGACAAGGCCCUGGUAUUCAUCACCGCCUGCCGCACCAGUUUCAUGUUCUUUGACGGUAACACCUCGUUCCGCUGGACCUUUGUCUCGCCCAGCGCCCUGUACAGGCCUGGCCGGCGGACGGGGAACUACGGCGUCAGAUUCGACUACUUGCCGCUCAAGGGCGACGAGGACGAUCCGACCAAUCUGGACGGUCGUCUCCACGGCAUCUCAGCUGCCGAUCUGGCCGUGGCGAUUGCGGACGAGAUAGAAUCUCCGACCAAGGAAGGCCGCCACUGGAGUGCGUAUGGGGACUUGUCUGACGAUACCCCGACUCCUAGUUAUGUGAAGCUGGAGCAGAGGCCGGAGCAGAAGCUGUAG